CGUGCCUCUGGACACAAGACACCUUAGGACGAUCUUUUAAAUUUAAGGUGGAUCUCUUUAAUCAACAUACAACUGAUGUCCCAUAUAUAACUCCCACUAGGAGACUGGAGGGUGUUAUCUCUCCACAAAUUUACCAAAUUGGACCGUACGCUAUAAAGAAUACAGGUCAGCAACAGGUAAUCUUUAAUCCAACAUGGUCCCUUAAACGAGUGAUGUUAUUAUUGCAGACUAAUGUUUCAACUAUCAAACCAGAUUGUGCAUUGUUUUUAGGCAUGUCAUAUGCUGGAUGGUCAGCAUGGCUUCAUCGACAGGCAUUUGAUACAGCUAGAAGAAUAAGAAGAGAUGUUUCUGGUAUUCUGGGAACAGGUUUAGGAGUCUUAAAUAGUAUAGAUACUGAAAUACUCAUGAGUAAAUUGAAUACCAUUACAAGUAAUAUACAUAAACUACAACAUCCUCUACAGUCGUCCCUAUUGACUUUAGGAACAAGUCAAUGGCUUUUAUCAGAUGUAUUACCGCAAUGGGAAAGGAUAAAUAGAAAAGAUCAUCAGCUGAUUAUGGAUGCGCUUUCAGCAGUCCAAGGUAACACCUCUUUAGCCCUCAGUUGCAUCCAGGCCCAGAUGUGGAUGCAAUUUAUAGCAGCAACAAUCGUGAGAGAAGGUGAGGAUGGCACUAUACCCACUGAAAUUAGAAAAGUAAUUUGGGACAAUGCAAAUAGAUUUGAAAGGAAGUUUCAAUCAUGGUGGCAUUUAGUUAACUUCACCUAUGACCCUGUCACCAAUUAUGCCAUGGCUCUUGUUUUGACGAUAAGUAAUGCUUCAGUAUACACGAUUUAUCCAAUCGUAGCUCUAGGAUUAAAUCAUGAUGAGACUACUCUGUAUCCAAUUGAACAUCGGAUAUGGGCUCUUCAAAAGAAUGAGAAAUGGCGAACUGUGGACGUUAGUUCAUGUGCCAUGCAAGAACAACGAGGAUUUAUUUGUGAAAGUAAUACAUUUGAGACUCAAGAUAUCUGUCUUGACACUGAACAAAAUAUCUGCCACUUUGAGGUCCAACCUGGUAGGAUGUUCAAAUCAAUGCUUGUAUAUAUUGGAAAAGGAUGUGCUUGCAUUAGAACUCAUUGCAACUCCAUACAAAUAGGGGAUAUGAUUGUGGAUACUACCAAUCAUUCAAAUCUUUGUGUUUGUAAUUUUAUUAAUAUUUUAGGAUGUGAUUUUAACUAUACAGUUCCUGUUAUUUCAUAUCAGCUUCUGCAGUCCAACUACACUCUGAUCAAAGAUUUGCGUCCAGUGCUAAUUGGGAUGAACCUCGCCUUAGUAAGGAAGCUUCUACAACAUGAUGAUCUGCAUCGACUAUUAAAUCGUAUCAAAGAUAACGGACAAAAGACCUUAAUCACCAUUCAUCAUGACGUGAAAGAGAUACAUCGUGUCUUGGAGAGAGUGAUGAAGGCUGGAGAACAUCACUGGUGGGAGGUUCUUUUUGGUUGGUCUCCCACAGCAACGGGAAUCUUUAAUUUUUUACUGCAUCCGGUAGUUGUUAUGUUAGGUUUAAUAUUAUUAUGCUUAGUUCUUAUAGUUAUAAUAUACAAAGACAUGGCACUUGCUAAAGCAAGUGUCCCAGCUUGA